UGACGGGUCAGUUCCCGACAGAGCAAUGAAAACCUUACCUCCAGCGCUAGAGAUCAGAACUUCCGGUAUAGAGGGCACUGGACUGGGAGUUUUCGCGCGUGAAGACAUUCCAAGCCGGACUAUAUUUUCGGCGUAUGAAGGCGUGGUGGUGAUGGAUCCUCACAAUGAGAGAGACAACUCUUACGCGUGCAAGAUUUUGGACAAGAAUUCCGAAGCAUUGUUUCUGAUAGAUGGUAAGGACAGGUCAAGGUCGAACUGGCUGAGGUACGUGAACACCGCGAGAUUCGCAGAUGACCUCAACGUGAAGACCGCGCAGUGUCGGGAUCAGAUGUAUUACUACACCGUCAAACCGGUUCCAGCCGGCCAUGAGCUGCUGGUGGGCUACAAACAUGGUCACAAUAACGCCUUCUGGUUUCAACGGCAACCGUUCUGCUGGAAUCACUUACUUGAUGAAACGUGUUGGCCGUUUUUCUACUCAAAGCCUAAAGAAAGCUGUGUGAACUCUUUAUGUGGAGUUUCUGACAAAUCUAACGAGACAGCGCGACAUUCGUAAAGACGACGUCAUCGUUACAUCAUCACCGACU